AAGUAGCUCAUUCGGGUAAACUGGAGAACACAAACCGUCCUUCACAGUGGAGAGUUUUUCAUUUGCUCACCAAAGAUGGGAUUAAUCUCGGGGUUUUUAGGGUUUAUGAUCCUUGGUUCUCUGCUUUUCAGCAAGGCUGAGGGUGCUACUCAUAACUAUCUAUGGGUUGUGAAGGAGACUAAUUUUACAAAGCUGUGUCACACAUCCACAAUUCUUACCGUGAACGAUAGCUUUCCAGGGCCAGAGAUUCAUGCCAACAAAGGCGAUACUGUUUUUGUCACUGUUCAGAAUGAUGGCCCAUAUGGUAUCACUAUUCAUUGGCAUGGAGUUAGAAUGCCGAGGAAUCCAUGGUCAGAUGGUCCGGAGUACAUUACACAAUGCCCAAUAGAAUCUGGAGGAAAUUUCACGCAGGAGAUCAAUUUGUCGACGGAGGAAGGAACACUCUGGUGGCAUGCCCACAGUGACUGGUCUCGAGCCACGGUUCAUGGUGCAAUCAAAGUUUUUCCGGCCAACGGAACCAGUUAUCCGUACGAUGAGCCUGAUGGAGACCAAACAAUUGUAUUCGCCUCAUGGUACAAAUCGAAUGUGAUGGACGUAUUAAAUGAAUCUCUGCAAACCGGCGGUGAUCCAAACGUUUCAGAUGCUUACACCAUCAACGGUGAACCUGGAGACUUAUAUGCCUGCUCUAAUGAAACAAUGUACAGUUUGUUGGUUGAGAAAGGCAAGACUUAUCUCCUCCGCAUUGUCAACUCUAUCCUGAAUGAAGAAAUGUUCUUCGCGAUUGCAAACCACAACAUGACCGUUGUCGGAUCCGAUGGAGCAUAUGUCAAACCCUUUUCCACUGAUUAUUUGUUCAUAACCCCAGGCCAAACAAUGGACGUUCUGCUUACAGCAAACCAAACAGCAAGUUACUACUACAUGGUUCUUACUCCUUUUCUUGAUACUGACUCUUCGUAUGACGACACCACCUCUAGGGCACUCAUCAAAUAUAGUGGAAAUUAUACAACGCCAAGCACAAUUCCUACUCCGACGUUUCCUAAUAUCAGUGACUCAAUAUCUGCACAACUCUUCGUUGUUCGCUUGAAGAGUUUAGCAGAUGCAGCUCACCCAAUCAGUGUCCCCAAAAACAUCACUAGACAAAUCUUCAUGACAGUAUCUGUGAAUCUGUUUGCUUGCCCCAACUCAACAGGUUGUACCGUUGAUGGCGAUAAUAAGCUGGCAGCAAGCUUAAACAACAAUAGCUUUAUGACGCCGUCAACCUCUCUACUACAAGAAUAUUAUGACAGUAACUAUAAUUUGAACGAUCUUGUUGCUGAAUUACCGAAUAAGCCGCCCACUCCUUUUAACUACACAACAGUGGUGAACAUGUCUGCAUAUACAGAGGAAGGAAGGCGGGUGAUAACAUUGAAUUAUGGUGAUGAAGUGGAAAUUGUGUUCCAAGGGACGAAUAUAGGAGCGACGCAGAAUCAUCCCAUGCAUCUUCAUGGCUACAGCUUUUACUUGGUUGGAACAGGUGCCGGAGAUUUUGACAAUGGCACUGACCCUGGCCGGUUUAAUUUGGUUGAUCCACCAGAAGUCAACACCAUUGCCGUCCCUAGAAAAGGAUGGUCUGCUAUUAGAUUUAAAGCUGAGAAUCCUGGGGUUUGGUUCAUGCACUGCCAUUUCGAGCGGCAUACCAUUUGGGGAAUGAGCACUGCUGUUAUAGUGAAGAAUGGAGCCACCAACGAAACAAGCAUGCGUCCACCACCUUCUUUUAUGCCUCCUUGUUCUUAAUUUUUCAUCACUUGAGUGCGUCGUAUUGUUAACUUCGAGCGUGUGGUGCAUGAGAGACCCUCAAGCUCCCCUGCACUUGCUUGUGUCUCUUAUUUUCAUAGUGACGUGCAGCCUAUGCAUGCACAUACAAGAUGUAUGCCUUCUGCAGUGUGUUAGAUAUAGCAGAAGAGUUAAUAAUGUUGUGUUUGAAUCAUGCAUUGAAGUGUUUAUUGCUUAUUAAGUAGUGUACAAACUCUUUUAAUUAAUGAAAAUUCUGAGUGUUAGUUCCCUUCCUCCAA